UGUUAACGCCUUUCUCUCUCUCCUGCGACUCGCUGGCUCGCCUGUUGCGGAGGCCGCUGGCUCCUCGCUUGCAAUCCUCCGCCGACGGCUUCGCGCUGCCCGGGGAUCGGGAACCUGCGAGACUCUCGUCUGCGGUGCUAAGGGUGUGCCUCAGCAGCCCAAGGCGCAGAAGAGGGACGCCCCGGCCUUGGGGCCACUGCCCUCGCAUUAUUUUCGUUGUCGCGAACGCCGUCCGCCCGGGAGGCGCCCCGUGACCGGCGCGAUGAGUGCCAACGAGGACCAGGAGAUGGAACUGGAGGCAUUGCGUUCUAUUUAUGAAGGAGAUGAAAGUUUCCGGGAAUUAAGUCCGGUUUCAUUUCAAUAUAGGAUAGGUGAAAACGGUGAUCCCAAAGCCUUCCUAAUAGAGAUUUCCUGGACAGAAACCUAUCCCCAGACACCUCCAAUCAUAUCUAUGAACGCCUUUUUUAACAACACCAUAUCAUCAGCUGUAAAGCAGAGCAUAUUAGCCAAGUUACAGGAAGCAGUGGAAGUCAAUCUCGGGACGGCCAUGACCUACACAUUGUUUGAAUAUGCCAAGGACAGCAAAGAGCAGCUCAUGGAGAAUCACCAUCCUGUCCAUUCGGCUGCGUCCAUAAGCAAUAUCAUCUCAGUUGAAACUCCUAACACAGCCCCAUCAAGUAAGAAAAAAGACAAAAAAGAACAACUCUCAAAAGCCCAGAAACGGAAGCUGGCAGAUAAAACAGAUCACAAAGGAGAGCUUCCUCGAGGUUGGAACUGGGUUGAUGUGGUGAAGGAGUAUGAAGCGCUUUUCAAAUUCUCAUCCCAAUGGAGCAGAAGACUGAGUGAACAGUGAGUUCACAGCGUGAUCCAUAUUAAUAGGCUUCUCGUCUUUACGUCUUCAUCCCUUCUUUCUCUUAAUUACUGAAGCAUAAAUUGCUUCAGAGAAAUUUAAAUACUAGUAUUUGAACUUUAUACAUAAUAUUCUUUGUAGUUCCUUUUUAUUUUUCAAGGGUGAACUGCUUUUUAAUAAAUGAAUAUCUGUUUAUGCUUUCCUCCUGGUUUGGGUUAUGUUUGAUCAUGAGAGCUUUCAAUGGUAUGUGGAAUAGGAGAAAGAAAAAAAAACCAAAUCUGCCAAAUACAUUAGAAAGCAUUUGACUAGAAGUGCUGGUUCCUAUUUAAAACCGUUCCCUUUGCUGCAUAUACCAAAAUGGGAGUAAAAGAUGCCUUAAUAUUUAAUUUUUAUAUUGUUAGAGACAGUGGUUUUCAUAAAUUCCUAUUUAUCUGUUGUUGUGUAUUUUUAGUUGUUUGAUAACUGAGUUCUUCUAAGUGGUUUCACAUAAAACCACAUUUCAAGCAUUGUUUCUUUUCAAGUAUCCAAAUGUACGUCUGAGCCCACUCAUCUUUGUAAAAAUAGACAUAGAAGUCUUUCAAAUGCUGUUUUAGCAGGAAGUUACUGAUGUGUAUGUGCGAUUUACAGUGACUCUGUAUAUACUCCCCAGCUUGAAAAGCACUUAGAACUACUGCUGUGGUUUCUGGAAGAGUCAGUUGUCGGUUCCUCAAUUACACCUGUGCAGCUCGGGUCUGAGUUUUUAAAGAAUAGUUAACUUUUAAAGAAAUUUCUUUGAGUUAUAUCCAUGGUUUUUGCUGGGUUAACAUUGGCUUCAGUUAAAUCGUUUCAGUUAUAAAGUAAGUAUAACUAUGGUGAAGAAGCUUGUCUCAUUUUUAAAUGCUGAGUCACAUUUUAUUUCUUGAAUUAAUACGAUAGAAACGUCGAAAUUCAGGGCCACUGGAAUAUGCCAGCUUUCUUGUUUGGGGUUGUGUGUAUAGUUUUGUUGUGCUGACUUGUUUGCUUGUUUUUUAAAGAAACUGAAACUGCCAUGUCUGCUAGUGGAAGAAAAUGCUUUGUUUUGCUCUGAAGAUUCUGAAAUUAUUCAGGCAUAUUGUGGUUCAUAGAUUACAAAGAAUAAUGCUAGUUAAAUGCCAAUGAACUAUUUUUACUCUUUUUAUACGAAAUGUACAAAUUUCGGGGCGGGGGGGGGGUGAUGGUGGCAGCGGUGCCUCUUACUACCUUAUGUAAAACACUUGAACAUUCUCAUCAAUAUUGCCAUCAUCUGUUUAAUACUCCCAGUAUAUUUUCUCAACGUCUGUUUACCUAAAGUUGUAUGGAAUGACAUAAUAAGCAAUAAAAUCUGAA